AUGAAUAGUGCAGCUGGUGCUUCUACUGCCAAUACAAGAAAAAACGCGGAGAAAAUGGAGGACAGUGCACCCUUCUUUUUCCGGCUGGCGCAGCAUGUAGGAGAUUUGCAAGUUGUGUUGGUGCUGACAUUGAUCCAGGGAAGAGAGCUAGGACAGCAACAUCAACAGGGUUCUUCCUCUACCAACCUAGACCGC